AAGGUCUACACAACAACAGCGGUCCUAAUGAUGAACGUCGACAUGGCGGAAAAAGCGAGUGAAUUCGAAGCUCUAGUGCAAGCUGCUGCUUUGGAAGCUGGAACAGACAUUGACUACACCAAGCUGGCCAACGAGGUCGUCGCCCGUACUGGUAGGAACCCAGCUCUGUACAUGGCGUCUUUCUUCGGGCAUGUAGACAUAGUGAAAAUGCUGCUCCGCACGGGGGCGUCUCUAACAAAGAGAACCGAAAAAUCGUCAUCUGCCCCCCUUCAUGGCGCAGCGAUCGGAGGGUAUACAGAAGUGGUAGACUUGCUUGUCCAACAUGGUGCAACAUUAGACGUGCGGGACGCCUACCAGAGGACGCCCAUCAUGGCUGCCUGUAUGUUCAAAAAAGUUCACACAGUUAAGCGACUGAUUGAGCUCGGAGCAAGACUUGAUUUGGUCGACUGUUAUUCCCAGACAGCAGACAUGUACUGUUUUUGGGACAUAGUCGGAGAAGUCGGAGACCGCGACUGUAUGGUGAUGAUGAAGAUGAUACGAGAGGCAAUGAAGACCGGGCUGUUGAGAUGCUGUAACCCUACGUGUGGCAAACCAGGCUACAGAGCCACCUUGAAGCUGUGUGCCCAGUGCAAGUUGACCCGGUACUGCAGCCGUGACUGUCAGAAACAACACUGGACUGUCGGACACAAGAAGUGCUGUGGACAUGACGCGUACACUAGUACUGGCGAGACACCAACCAAGGUCAAAGAAUGGUCCGGUUGUUGACAGUGGAAACUGUAGUGUAUCAGGGAGAAUAUUAGAACAUGUAUUACAUUGC